UGGAACAGAGCGCUCUUACAUGAGAGAUGUAUACCUUUCGACGUUGACGGGAAUAAAUUCCCUAAAACGCAUAAAAUGAAAUGUCCUCAUUGUAACGAUGCAGUCCUUGAAGAAGAUCAGGAGCUGCCAUUGAAAUGUUCAAAAUGUCGCGCAACCUUCUGCCCGUCUAACACCGCAUCCCCUUCAGCGCCUCAAGACAACAACGAAUCGAUCACUGAACUCAGUAAGCAAGAAGUUCUAGACUCAAAUGUUGCUGUGAAUAACAAAGCAGAUUCUUCAACUGGUAAGUAAGCUGUCCUAGGGUUUAAAUCGCUUGGAUAAAAAAGGUUUAAUAACAAAGAUUUUGCCCUCCAUGAGUGUGAGCCAUUCCAUUUAAUGUACAUACACACCCGGUAACGAAAUUUUCUGAAGGGGCAAGCAAAAACAUGGAAUUUCUGAAGGUUGAAGGGCUGGCUGAAUACCAGAUUUUUGGAGGGGAAGUAACAGAAAAGCUAAAAAUUUCUUAAGGCUAGUAGACUCGUAGGGCAAAUUUUCUGAGGGUUUUGGGGUAAAAAGAGUAUCUUUCUGAGGAAUUGGAAAAUUUCAAAGUCCUUCAUCAACGGGGAGAGUGUAUAUAUUAAAUGGAAUGGCCAUGUUGUUUGCGGUUUAAAUUUACACAAGCUUCCGGGCUACUUUCGGUUUUUCUCUUCAUGUUUGACGUUUUUGCUGUUUGUUUUCGAUAAUUUCUCUUUCUAACAUUCAACAAUUUGAAAAUCGAAUUAUAAGCUUAGGAUGUGUUCCAUGUUUACUCUUAUUUGAACGGAAUAAAGAACAAGGAUCAUCAAAGUAGAAACUUCAGAGUCCAAUAUUUCUUAGCUUCCUGCACGUAUGUUCGCAGAGCAGAAACACGUGACGGAGCCAAAGACCGCGUGGGUGAAACAUUUCACUGACACAACCCUACUCAAUACCGUAAAUUUGUAACACACAGCAACAACUGUUCAGAUGUAACCCCUGUUUAUAUAUGUAAAGAUCAUCAUUGUUUCCCUAUCACCGACGAAAAGCUUAAACUUAUCGCUUCCAAAGCAAAACCAAGGCGGCUGUAAUGAUCUAUUAAAAUAUAUGUCUGAUUUAAAAUGGAUCGGACGACAUGAAGACUUUUUUCGCUUAAAAGCGUGAAUGACAUAUUCAGUCUCGAAAACGAAAACCACAUUAUACUUCCUAAAGAUGUCAAAAUGUCACAAGAUAUUCAUGCAUAUCUUAACAAGACUAAUUUUUAUGUCGAAUGUAUGCACUGGGACAAAAAUGGCAUUCUCGAUGGUUUUAUCGAUCAUAAACAAAAUAUGUACCCCUCAAACAAUGAAUGCGAUAUUGGCAAAUCAAUCUGCGAUAAAUUAUUCAAUAAAUACAAGACACAUGACUUCAAAUGGUCUAAUCAGUCUUACACGUCUAUUGCAUCAUCUCUGUAUAAACAUAUGUGCGUUUACACCUAAUUGCAAUAAGGUUGUCAUAGAAAAAAGCAAAAAGCCAAAUAGUAGCGUCUGGUCGCGGGCCAUGAUUUCCGAUAGAUUUUUUCUAUUCGGAGUUCGCCAGUUUUUGCCGAGCACAGCUAGAGUUCAGUUUUUUUCUUUUUUUUAUCGAAAACCCCUUGACGAUGGGAGGUUAAAUCGCGUAAAUUUCAACUCGCACCCUUGACGAUUGACGGUGAAAUCGCGAAAAUAUUGUCCUCGUCGAUCGACGACUCGCUUUUGGCAUGGAUUGGACUUCUGGAUGGGACACGGAUCAGGACCUUAGCAAACUUAUUAUACCUUGGGAUCAGGGAUAAUCAUUGGAACUAUGUUAACUUUGAGACCUUGGAAACACAUUGCAAUUAAUUUUUAACCGUAUCAAGAGCACCUUGAAAUAUUAAACUUUCAUCUUGGAUUAAAACAUUGUAACUUUAUCAAACUUUGUAACCCUGGGUUCGACCCUGAAUAAAGCAAGCGGAUGUUUUGUUUUGUUUUGUUCCAUUAACCUAAAACUACAACGUUUAUUUCUCUUUGAAAAAGUUACCCGUGGCAACUUACUACUGAAGAUAUGACCUAUCUUUAUACAUACAGUUCCCGUUCAGGUUAAUCAGAGAGCAUUAUGCGCAUGUUCUCCAUUAAUUACUUGUUUCCGUUAACAUUACAAUUUAAGUUACACGGCUAAACCUUGUUUUGAUGCAAAAUAACUUCUUUUUCUUAUCCAAAUCCAUCCUCGGAGACCCAGGGGCAGAUAGUGGGGACGAGGGAAAGUCUUAACGGGCGGAAAAAUGCGGCUCGAAGAAAAGUAGGAUGAUCCAAAUCGUGCUACGAAAAUAACUACAUAGCGAUAGAUCAAAACAAGAUCAACUCCAUCCUUGCGACCACUGACAACUAUAAAUUUAGCUCGCGUAGCAGGUGUCGAAAGGGGUAGGGGAUAGGGAGGAAGCAAUAAGGGGAUGUGGAUUGGGGAGAAAUAGUAGCCUGCCACGCAGGCUACUCUAAAUUCAGUCAUAAGCACAUUAAACCAACCCAUACAGGUAACCUACUCAUCGAUGCUCAUAACAUGACACAUCUUUCCGGUUUCCCUAUUUUUUCCAAAUUCAGAUAGAACGCCAUUAUGCUUCCAUGGACCAACGCAUCCCACGGAAACGACUUUAGGCGUCUUGUUAGCAUUAAAUUAUCAUUAAAUUAUCAUUGCUUGCAACAUUCACGACACACACGCUUAUAGCUGAAUAUCAAUCGCGUAAUAUGAAAGCCAAAUCAUUUGCAUCAGUUUCUUGGUGUCAUUCUAAUGCAAUUCGAGGCUGAUUCAUCUAGCGGAUUUCAAACGUGCUCAAAUUACAAACGUACAUCGGAUAACUACUAAAGAAAAAAUGGCUACAUUUUUUUUCAAUAAAUAUAGCCUGGGGUAAAUUCCAGGAACGCGACGCGUCUUUUCGUUUUAUGCUAAAUAGAAAAGCCAGUCUGCGUAUGGUUUGUAGUGCACAACACCAUCAGAUCACAAUUUUCAAGCAACAAAUCAGGGGUGUAGGCAGGACUUUCUAUCGCGGAGAGGGUGAGGCGCUCCUCCGCCAGUUCCUCUCCCGCGCCACAAACCAAGCCUCGUUUGUCAGGACCCUUUUGUUACACACAUCAGUGUUUCAUGUGCGGAAUCGUACAGCGCGGAAUUACAGAAUUAUUUCUUGUUAUUGUGAAUGACUUCUUAAAUAAUUGUUAAAUUAUUAAAAUACGCAAAUGUAAAUCGCAUGGCUAAUUAAUUCCUAUUUGGCUUUCUGCUUUUUGCUUUUUGCUUUUUUCUAUGACAACGUUACUGCAAUUAGGUGUACAUACCUGAAAAACAGGAGGGCAUUUUUGCGUGCUCAUGCGUGCAUCCGCUGAACGACAAUAGCGUGGGCGCAUCAAAUCUGAUGGCGGCAAAUCGGAAACUCGCGUAAAGUUUCAGUCCUUUUAAAGGCCAUUUCGUCGGUGCUUUGAAUACCGACUUUCCUACAAAAAAUGUUCUCCAUGACAAAAAUCGGACGUUUUCUACGCGGGUUUUCAGUUGUAGAUUUUUCAGCAGUAGGUUUUCUUGAUCUUUUAAAGACUUUAAAGACUCAACGCCAAGAAUCACUGUUCCUGUAUAAAUCUGAUUUUCACUGGCAAAGAUGCAUUUCUUCCUGCAUUUAAGGAAAGCGAAAAAAAAAUUACCACGCGAGGUUUAUUUAUUAGCACGUUAUAAUUGUCUCAUGUUUAAACUGAUCGUGGAGAUACGCGUUUAUAUAUGCCACAAAAACAUGAAAUCUAUGGGUAUUUUUUUUACAGUUUUUCGAAAGUUUUCGUGGAAAAAUAUGUAAAAUAUAUUCUACAGGAAAUGAAGAAUGGAUUGAGUCUGAGACAGCAACAAUUACAAGUGAUUAUGUACUACAUAAUCACUUGAGCAUUUCAUAAGCUCACUUGUAGACAAAACAAAUGCACCCCGAAAAAACAAACAAUACUUUCAUUUUUCUUCACCUCUGAAAAAUACAGAGAUUUUUCCUGAGCUACUGAUUUGAAGCGACUCUUGACAGCUCCUGUGAUCCACAAUCGAUUUCUUAUUGCAAUUUAUAUAUUUGAUGACAGUAGUGAUCCAUUCAAAACAGAGAAUGGCCAUCACAGCAUAAGUCUAACUGAUGAUGUUUGUUCACCUUCGAAGCCUGAUAAGGCAGGGAGUUUAUUAGAGAGGUGCAUAUAAUGCUGUUUCCUCAAAAAAGAAAUACUGCUACUAAAGGACCCAAAUGAGUUGGGAUGCCAUAAAAAACAUGACACGGAUGGGUGAAUUGGUCUGUUAUUACUGGUGAGAGCUUUUUACUGUAUCCAGAUGAACCCCUUAUGUAAGUUGUACAUGGGAAGAAUUUUCAAGCAGAUACUGAUGCAUUAAACAAGAAUGUGGUUCCAGUGCAGAGGAGAAGCUGGUCUCAGUCAACGUCCUUUGUGAAUAAAAUGUCUCUCAAAUUAGCAUAUCAGCAAAUGUAGUGUCCACAAAAUGGUAUCAUUUAGGAACAAAUUCAAUUUUUUUGCAACAGAAGCCAGGAUUUAUUUAAAAAGUGUAAUGAAAACCUUUCAUUUCGUGCUAUUUUGGGGUUGGGGAGUUAGGCUAGAUUUUCUUCAUAGCGCCAAAAUGUUAUAUUUAUUAGCAUAAUCAUAGUUAGUAGGGUGCAAGAAAGGGCUUUCUCUUCUUCUGAGAUUCAGUCAAACUUCUGACAUUUAAACAAUCAAAGAAGUUAUCAACCAUCUCACACAACUUUGAGGUUGCUGCUGCUUCAGGGGGACCAAACGCCCGUAGCACUUUAGCCACUGAAGAACGUAAGACUUGUGCUGCUAAAUUGACUCGCAUGAUAGAGUACGAGCUGAGAUUAAUAUGCUCAUAUGUGAGCUUUGGUAAUAACUUGAGGCCAUUGUCAAUGUCCUGGUAGUAGAGCUGGGCAAUGUGUUGAAACAGAAUAAAUUGCCCAUCAUUCCACAUGUAUCUGGUGCAGGUACCAGAGCCAGAAUGAUACAAAC